UCAAUAUAGCAUAUACAGAGUAACCUGAUCCUACUCAACAUCAUGGCCCUGUUAGAGCUAGCCACACUCCUAGUGGCUGUGUCUCUCACUAACUUCUCCUUGGCUCUGAUCACAGGACUACUGUACCUUCCACCUACAUUGUGGGUUAACUACUCCAGCAUCAGAUGGCUGAAGAAGCUUGUGUGGCUUGUGUACCACCCUCUGGCUAUGUUGUGGUGGGUUGUAUUGGCCAGCACUUCCGUCACCUUCCCGGAGUCAACAGGUUGGGACUUGUUGGGACGAGCGUUCAGCGCGACUAAACACGCACUGACACUCUCCUGCGUUGACAACCUGGUCUAUGGAAACGUCAUCUUCCCUAUUGGGAUGGUAUUCCUCUUGCCAGUUUGGAUUCAAAUUUGGCUUGUUUGUCUUUCAAAAGAAGAAGUACAAGAACCCAAGAAAGAGAAGACUGAAUAAUAACUUUUUGUAUACUUAAACUAAAAUAUUAUUUAUUGAUGUUUACAUUAAA